AUGGCUUUUAAAUCAAAUUCUCUUCUGACUCUUUCGAUGAUGAUAGUAAUUGCUUCCAUUUUCUGUCAUGUUUUUGCUAUGACCGAUGAUCAAAAAUUACAGAAUUCGUUCGAAAAUGUAAUGAAUACUCUAGAUCUGUCUGUAUCAAAUGGUGAUUGGCAAACUAUCAAAGAUCCAAACGAUCCUAAAGUGGUGGACAUUGCAAAAUUUGCAGUAAAUAGUGAAAAUAUCAUAUCAAAAGAUGUUGAAUUGACACUUGAGAGGGUGUUGAAUGGAAGAUUUCAAGUUGAUAACGAUGGCACCACUUAUGAAUUGACAAUUGUAGCCAUAGAUUUUGAUGAAGAAAGUGAAUAUAAAACGGUUGUUUUCGAAAAUUCUAAGGACAAUGUUAGAAAACUCAUUUCAUUCUCUUGCUUAAAACUUAAGUGUAUCAACAUUUAG